CUCAAACCAGCAUCACACCAAUCUCAACACCAAUCUCAACACCAUCACCAGCAAAUACCCACCAAACCCAUUCGUACUUUCGCGCCGCUACUUUACCGACCCCGACUCCACGGAGACAUGUGAUGGAAUAGCGCGCCAACUCUAGAUUACCUAGGGCAAUGGUCUCAUCCGCCAAAAAGGAAAAGGAAAAGGCCGCCUCCCCGCCUGCCCUUGCCCAACAGCCGCAGCCAUAUGCGCGUUCCUCCUCAUCUGCGACGGCUGAAAACCCCGACGGCACCGCCGGCGACGAGAAACCGCGCUUGACGGAAGCGGAGAAGAAGCAAAAUCAUAUUGCCUCUGAACAGAAACGUCGUCAGGCGAUCCGCGAAGCCUUCGACCGCCUCACGGAGCUGGUUCCCGGGCUGGAAGGCCAGGGUCGCUCGGAGGGCCUGGUCCUGCAACGAACUGUCAAGUACAUGCGAGAGCAGCUGGCGGAGCGCCGCGCUCUGAUCGAGCGGAUCGAGGCUGCCGGGGGACACGUUGACGAGCACGUCAAGAGGUGAGACGGCCAAUAUUUCCGCCCAGCCCAUGCGACGGGUGCAAUCGGGGCGCCCGGGGCCUGGGGAAGCAUGUGCAAGAGUCGGAGCAAACCAAGGGGUCGAGUUUGGGCCUGUCCUGAGGUGACCGACUCGUAUCGCGCUCUUAGGCGCGCAUACCAGCCCAUCCCGGCGAAUCAGCCGAGGACAACAAACUAGCGGGGGACGCUGAGCAGGAAAGCCGCUUUUUAUUAAAUCACAACAGGCCGGCGAGGUUUGGACAGUCCGUAUUCGACAUCGAUGUACGAGUUUAGACAUACCAUGGGAGCAUGGGAGGCGUACAUUGAAGAAGAGGGACUUUAUGAGAUUACCGUGUAUAGAUGCCGCCGCCGGUAUUUGUUAUACAAAAUUUUACAAUGUGAUGUACAAGGGAGAGAGGGAACCAAGAGCACCGCAGCAACUACUGAUACGUCUC